GGGGCCGCCCCUUGCAGCGGCUCGGGCGGAGACGCGGUCUGAGAUCGUGUUAGGGUUGUUCAGAUGUGUUAAUUGUUGAAGGUGGUAGGGUUAGCGCUUUAAAUACAGAAAUGGCAGCGUGGAUGUUGCAGUUACGUGGUAGCCUGAAGCCCAAUGUUGAUCUCGACGGUUGAUCUCCCCCCCGCGCGGGCCUUGUCGUCCUCGUCGUCGAGCUCGUCCUGGUGUCGGCCAGAGCAGUUCAUGUCGGCGUCUGCCUCGGCCACCAACCCGUCGACCUGCCAGAUCCUCACCAUCACCUGCGGCCGCUGGGAGCAGUCGCUGUCCGUGACGAGCGCCUCGUUCCCCGCGGCGCUGCAGCUGCGCGAUGACUUUCUCCACGAUCUCCAGAAAUCCGGGGGCGGGGGCGGGGAUCCCGCCGCCCUGUCGUCGCUGGUGGAAUUCUGGGCCCGCUUCAUCGGCUUCACCGUGCACCGCCUGGAGCAGGAGCCGACGGGCCUCAAGGACGAGCUGCGCCUGCUGCUGACCAUCGCCAUGGAGACCUUCGACCGCGACGUGCUGCAGGGGCGCGAGAUCCACGGCGUCGUCCACGCCCUCGAGGAGACCGCCGCCGAGGCCAAGUCCGCCAUCCUCGCCGCGUACGUGCGGGCGCGCCAUGCCCUGCGCCGGGUGAGCCGCCCCCCGGCGGGCUCGGCGCUGCUGGCGGCGGCGCAGGAGCGCAAGGCGCGCCUGUACACCGUCUUCGGCGGGCAGGGCAACGACGAGCGCUACUUUGACGAGCUGCGCACGCUGUGGCAGACGUACCGGCCGCUGGUCGAGGAGCUGAUCCUGGCGGCGUCGAGCAUGCUGCAGCGCGAGGCCCUCGAGACGGAGACCAGCCGCUUCUACCACGGCGGCAUGGACGUGCUGGCCUGGCUGGAGCACCCGGAGCGCACCCCGGAGACCGCCUAUCUGGUCGGCGCCCCCGUCAGCAUGCCGCUGAUCGGCCUGCUGCAGCUGGCCUGGUACCGCGUCGUCGGCCGCAUCGUCGACGCCACGCCGGCGCAGCUGCAGGCGGCGCUGGCGGGCACGACGGGCCAUUCGCAGGGCAUCAUCGCCGCGGCCGUCACGGCUGUCGCGCAGUCGUGGACGCAGUUCGACACCCUCGCCCUCGAGGCGCUGCGGCUGCUGCUGGCCAUCGGCGCCGCCAGCCAGGACCACUUCGCCGUCGCGCAGCUGCCGCCCGCCAUCGUCGCCGACGCCGACGCCCACGCCGAGGGCUUCCCGGGGCCCAUGUUGAGCGUCGCCGACUGCCCGCUGGCGCAGCUGCGCGCAUACGUCGCCGAGGUCAACGGCCACCUGCCCGCCGACGCCCGCAUCGAGAUCGCGCUCAUCAACAGCCCGACCAACACCGUGCUGGCGGGCCCGCCGCUGUCGCUGCACGGCUUCAACGUCUGGCUGCGCGCCGUCAAGGCGCCCGCCAAGGGCGCCCAGCACCGCAUCCCCUUCUCGCAGCGCAAGCCCGAGAUCCACAACCGCUUCCUCCCCAUCACCGCCGCCUUCCACAGCAGCUACCUGGCCGACGUGGCGGCCGACGUGCUGCAGCGCGUGUCCGGCUUCACCAUCACCGGCGACCAGCUGCGCAUCCCCGUCUUCUGCACCCGCUCCGGCGCCGACCUGCGCCUGCGCGGCGCCGCCAACCUGGUGCCCGACCUGGUGGCCAUGAUCACCGCGCAGGAGCUGGUCUGGCCCAAGGCCACCCACUUCCCGGCCGCCUCGCACAUCCUCGACUUCGGCCCCGGCGGCAGCUCGGGCAUCGGAUCCCUCACCAACCGCCUCAAGGAGGGCACCGGCGUGCGCACCAUCCUGGCCACCCUCUCCCACGGGCCGCUCGCCGAGCUGGGCGACCGCAGCGAGAUCUUCGACUGGAACCGCGGGCCCCGGGGCCUCACCUACGGCCCCGUCUGGAGCGAGCAGUACCGUCCGCGGCUGGUGCACAUCGCCGGGGGCCCGACGCUCGUCGACACCAAGCUCAGCCGGCUGCUGGGCCUGCCGCCGGUCAUUGUCGCCGGCAUGACGCCCACGACGGCCGCCUGGGACUUCUGCGCCGCCGUGAUGCGCGCGGGCUAUCACGUCGAGCUGGCGCUGGGCGGGUUCUACCAGGCCGCCCAGCUGGAGACCGCGAUCCACCAGCUGCUGGCGGCCGUGCCCGCGGGUCGCGGCAUCACCUGCAAUCUGAUCUACGCCGCUCCCAGCGCCGUGAAAUGGCAGAUCCCGCUGCUCGCCAAGCUGCGCGCCUCGGGCGUGCCCAUCGAGGGCCUCACCGUCGGCGCGGGCGUGCCCUCGCCCGAGGUGGCCUCCCGGUACAUCCAGGAGCUGGAACUCCGGCACAUCGGCUUCAAACCGGGGUCUCUGCCUGCCAUCCACCAGGUGCUGGAGAUUGCUCGCGCCCAUCCGGAGGUCCCCAUCGUGCUGCAGUGGACGGGCGGCCGUGGCGGCGGCCACCACUCGUACGAGGACUUCCACCAGCCCAUCCUGCAGUCCUACAACGCCAUCCGCCGCUGCGAGAACGUCAUCCUGGUCGCCGGCAGUGGCUUCGGCGGCGCCGACGACACGUACCCGUACCUGACGGGCGAGUGGGCGCGCCGGUACAACCGCCCGGCGAUGCCGUUUGACGGCAUCCUGCUGGGCAGUCGCAUGAUGGCUGCCAGGGAGGCGCACACCAGUCCGGCGGCCAAACAGGCCAUUGUCGACACUCCGGGCGUGGACAACGAGGCCGACUGGGAGCAGACCUACACGAAGCCCGCGGGGGGCAUCGUCACCGUCACCUCCGAGAUGGGCGAACCCAUCCACCAGCUGGCGACACGCGGCGCCCUGCUAUGGUCCGAACUGGACCGGACUAUCUUCCGCCUCGACCGCAGCAAACGGGUCGCGCAGCUGCAGAAACAGCGCGACUCGCUCAUCCAGCGUCUCAACGCCGACUCCCACCGGGUCUGGUUCGGCCGGGACUCCCACGGCGCCGUCGUCGACCUCGAGGAGAUGACCUACGCCGAGGUGCUGCGCCGCUUCGUGGAAUUGACGUACGUCUCGGCGGAAGGCCGCUGGAUCGACGGCUCGUACCAGCAGUUCCUAUUCGACUUUCUGCAGCGCGUGCAGGCGCGCAUCGACACCAUCGACACCGUCGACACCAUCGACAGCAUCGACGCCCUCCGGGAGCCCGUGGCGGCGUUGGAGGCCGUCUUCAAGACGCUGCCGCUCGCCGAGGAGCAGCUCAUCGGCACGCAGGAUGCGCAGUUCUUCCUGCAUCUGUGCCAGCGGCGCGGCCAGAAACCGGUGCCCUUUGUGCCCGUGCUGGACGACAACUUCGAGGUCUACUUCAAGAAGGACUCGCUGUGGCAGUCGGAAGACGUCGCCGCCGUCGUCGACGGCGAUGUCGGCCGGCUGUGUAUCCUGCACGGCCCCGUGGCGGCGCGCCAUACGACCGUCGCGGACGAGCCCGCGGGCGACAUCCUCGACGGCAUCCACCAGGGCCUCAUCCAGCGUCUGCAGCAGCAGGACCCGGACUACCAGCAGGACGGCGUGCCGAUUGUCGACUGCUUCAGCCGCGAGACCGCCCUUCCCGACUGGCGGUUGGCAGAAGCCGGCAUCCACUGCGUGCCCGUCGGCAACACCGGGGCGGUCCUGUAUGAAGCCGUCCGCACCGGCAGCUCCGCCUCGCCCAGCCAGUGGAUGGCGGCGCUCGGGGGCUCGCAGGGCGGAUGGCGGCAGGCCUUCUUCUCGACGCCGGUGAUUGUGCAGGGGCGCGCCAUGAGCGAGAACCCGUUGCGCCGGCUGUUCCAGCCGACGCGCAGCUCGUACGUGAUGGUGGUGCCCAAGGGUCCGCAGGGCGAGCCGAUCAUCACGCUGUUCGAACACCGGGCGCACUCGCCGCCGGUGAAGGUGGUCGAGGUGCGCGUGGACGAGCCGGAGGUUAUCACGCUGGAGAUCAUCAACCACCGCAACGCCGGCACGCCCGGGGCGGCCGACGCGGUGACGGGCCUGCAGCUCAAGUUCCAGCACCGGCGCGAGGCCGUGUAUGCGCCCAUCCACGAGCUCAUGGAGGGCCGCAACGAGCGGGUCAAGGCGUUCUACUACCGGGUGUGGUUCCCCGGCGAGCCGCCGGCGCAGUGGCCGUCGGUGCACGACACGUUCCGCGAGUCGCAGUUUGAGGUGACGGCGGACUCGAUCGCGGAGUUUGCGCAGUGCGUGCAGAACGCCAGCGACGCGGCCAGCAAGCGGCGCGGCAAGCCGAUGGCGGCGCCGCUGGACUUUGGCGUCGUGAUCGGGUGGGAGGCGCUGAUGAAGCCGCUGUUCUCGCGCGAGCUGGACGUCGACCUGCUCACGCUGGUGCAUCUCACCAACGGCUUCCGCAUGCCGCCCGACGCGCAGCCCAUCCAGGUCGGCUGCGUGCUCGAGACCACCUCGCGCAUCCAGGCCAUCUCCGUCGACGAGGCCGGCAAGCUGGUCGAGGUGCGCGCCCUGGUCCACCACCAGGGCAAGGUCGUGCUGGAGCUGAGCAGCCGCUUCCUCUACCGCGGCGGCCGCCACGUCGACUGGGAGAACAUGUUCCGCCGCGUCGACGAGGAGGAGAUGGAGCUGACCAUCGCCAGCCCGAUCGACGUCGCCCUGCUGCUGUCCAAGCCCUGGUUCCGCCUGCUCGACCCGGCCCUCGAUCUGCAGAACCAGACCCUGGUCUUUGUCCUGCACUCCACCUACCGCUACGCCAGCCGCGACUCCUUCCACGCCGUCACCACCGUCGGCGACGUGCGCCUCAACUCCUCGCUGCCCGGGGGGUCGCGGCCCAUCGCGACGGUGUCUUUUACGGCCGACACCAACUGCCGCGGCAACCCCGUCAUGGACUAUCUACAGCGGCACGGCAGCACCGUCCAGAAGCGACGCAUGUUCGACCGUCCCAUCCCCCUGCCGAGCGACUCCCACAGCGCCAUGAUCCUCACCAUGCCGCCCUCCAACGAGGCCUACGCCCACGUCUCCUGGGACUUCAACCCCAUCCACGUCUCCGCCUCGCUGUCGCGCUACGCCGACCUGCCGGGCCUCAUCACCCACGGCAUGUACACCUCGGCGCGCGUGCGCGGUCUCGUCGAGCAUUACAUCUGCGGUUCGGCCAUUGGCGGCUUCCGCAGCUUCCACUGCUCCUUCACCAGCAUGGUGCUCCCCGGCGACGAGAUCGAGGUCGUCUUCCAGCAUACCGGCAUGGUUGCCGGCCGCAAGAUCGUCGCCGUCGAGGCCAAACACGUCGGCCGCGGCGAGACGGUGCUCCGGGGGGAGGCCGAGAUCGAGCCCGAAGAGACCGCCUUUUUGUUUACCGGCCAGGGCAGCCAGCAGAAGGGCAUGGGCAUGCAGCUGUAUGCCCAGAGCAAGGCUGCCCAGCAGGUCUGGGACUAUGCCGACGCUUACUUUUCAGACAAUUACGGCUUCCGCAUCACCGAUAUUGUGCGCAACGACCCAACCGAGCUGACCGUCCACUUUGGCGGCCCCCGCGGCCGUCAUAUCCGCGACAAAUACCGCAGCAUGAAGCGCGAGAGCGUGGCGGCGGACGGCAGCAUCCAGCUGCUGCCGCUGUUCCCGGACAUCGACGAGGAGACCGAGUUCCACACGUACUCGGCGCCGCAGGGCCUGCUGUCGGCCACGCAGUUCACGCAGCCCGCCCUGACGCUGAUGGAGCUCGCCAUCUUCGCCGAUCUGCAGGCCCGCGGCCUCAUCUCGGAGCGCAGCUCGUACGCCGGCCACUCGCUCGGCGAGUAUUCCGCCCUCGGCGCCGUCGGCAAGAUCUUCAGCGUCGAGUCGCUCGUCCAGGUCGUCUUCUAUCGCGGCCUGUUGAUGCAGUUCGCCGUCGACCGCGACUCCGCCGGCAACUCCGACUACCGCAUGUGUGCCGUCGAUCCCAGCCGUGUCGCCAAGGGCUUCGGCCAGGACGCUCUCCAGCUGGUGGUCAACACCGUCGCCGCGCAGACCGGCCAGUUGCUCGAGGUCGUCAACUUUAAUGUCUUGGGUUUGCAAUAUGUUUGUGCCGGACAGAUAUACGCCCUCCACUGUCUUACCGGCGUGCUCAACCAGAUCAAUGCCCAUCCGGUGAUAUCCCCCGAGCAGCUCGUCGCCCUGGUCAAGGCGCAGGUCGCCCAGAUGAAGCCUGUCCGCACGCUGGCCCGUGGCUGCGCAACCAUCCCCCUGCGCGGCAUCGACGUGCCCUUCCAUUCCUCGUCGCUGCUGCCCGGCGUGGCUGGCUUCCGCCGCUGUCUGCUUGAUCUGAUCGACAGCCAUGCCCUGGAUCCCAAGUGCCUCGUGGGCAAGUACAUCCCCAACCUGACGGCCCGGCCGUUCGAAUUGAGCAAGGAGUACUUUGAGCUCGUUCACGGGGUCACCGGCUCUGUCGCUCUUGACGGUGUUCUCCAAGAGUGGGAUGCCUAUGUUGAUCCAGCGGGUAACGGCCUCCAGAAGAUUGAGGCUACGAUUCAGGCGAUGAAAGUGUUUUGAUUAUGCGAGUUAUAGACUUGAUUUCUCACAUAGACUGGUUAUAGAUAUAUAUCAUUUGAGGCUGAU